CACGCUCAGAUAUCUGCGAUAAGUCGGGCACGUCGGUUUGUGGAAUUCGUGCAGCCUACCAUCCUAAGGACGAUCCUAAGGACAUAAUCUAUACUGAAACUUAAGGACCUGAAGCAAACAGCAAACAUGGAUGCGGCAAUUUCAAUUGAACAUCCUGAGUUGAUGGUGACUCCAUGGUUUAUGAUUGCCGUUUUGGUCCUAUAUCUGAUAUUUGUUUUGCGUAUCGGACCAAACUUUAUGUUAAACCGGAGACCGUACGAACUGAAAACGCUGAUCAUAGUACAUAAUAUUGUACAGGUUGUGUCCUGCGUAUAUGUUGUUUAUGAGAUUCUUCACAUAACGGAGAAUCAUAUAAUCUAUUUUUGGAAAUGCAGUGCUUUGGAGUUUGUAGGAGAAAAGACGAAGCGCCAUUUCAAAUUAGCCUAUUUCCUCUUUUGGCUGAAACUAUCGGAACUUAUUGAGACCAUAAUCUUUGUGCUGCGCAAGAAACAGAACCAGGUGACCAAGUUGCACGUAUUCCAUCACAUUAGCACCAUAACUCUGAUUUAUCUGCUGAUCAAUCACAAUUCGAAUGGCUUUGAUGCAUUGUUUCCCAUAUUUCUCAAUUCCAUAAUACAUAUCAUUAUGUAUUCAUAUUACUUGGUUGCCGCUGUGGCUGAUAAGAGCAUCAUCCGUGCUUUGACGCCGGUUAAGAAGUCCAUAACGGUUAUGCAGAUGGGACAGUUUUCACUCAUCUUAAUCCAUGCGAUUUUGACCUCGAUGAACUGUGGCGUUGAUAAAGCCGCCUUUAUUUACUUUAUAUUUGUGAUUAUCCUCAUGUUCUAUGGAUUCUAUGAUUUCUAUCAAAUAUCCUACAAGAGCUCCAAGCGUAGGAAAAGCGCCGUAGUAGCAGAAUCAGCAGAAGCAGCAGCAGCAGUGAAUAAGACUAAAUAAAUACAUGACAUUCACACACACA